GUCGAACGAAUAAAUGACGUCAGAGCCUCAAUAUGGCGCUCAAUUUACUAUUAGGAUCAUUUCGACCACUUCGAGACAUGUGAAACACAGUUGGGUCUGUUGUAUUUGAAAACUAAAUGGACCUAGCUACUCAAGAAACAUGGAAGGACCUAAACGACUUACUUUUACAACAGUGGGGCCCCCGGUACCCGAACCCAAAAAGGUCACGGUCCCGAAGACAUUUCGGUUUGACUUGGACUUAAGUGAAACCACGGACACGACCUGUCCGGAGUAUUUCUACACGGAAUUAGUGAAAACGAUAUUGGUUGGCAACAGUGAAAACAAUAAUACAUCAGUAAAUCCAGAAGAUCCAUUUGGAGAUGGCAAUGACCUCGACAAUCUGGCUGCUAUUGCAAAACGUUUUGAAGAUAAAUAUAAUAAAACAGAUGGAAAGAAGAAGAAAAAGAAGAAAUGGCAGGAUAACUAUUACCUGACCAGCCUUGGGGAGGGCUAUGAUGAGUCGGACACAUUCAUUGACAACUCUGAGGCGUAUGAUGAGGUUUUACCAGAAACCAUGACAACUAAGCUCGGUGGCUUUUAUAUCAACUCGGGUCGUCUUGACCUCAAGGAAUUCUCAGAUGACUCAGCUGACGACUUUGUUACACCAAAAUCUGUAAAGAAAAACAAAAAGAGGAGAAUCUCUUCCGACGAAGGCUCGGGUGAUGACCAACAAACAGCAAAGAAGAAGAAGAUAAAGGACACAUUGACAGUGGACGGGGAGGUGAAGAAGAAAAAGAAGAAGUUGAUAGUGCCUCCGGGGGAGAAGGGCUUCAAGAAACCCAAGAUCAUCAAGGACAAAACUAAGAAUGGUAAACAAACCGCUAUAAGUUCUCUAAUAAAAUCUACCUCUCCAACAACAAAUGGCGAAAGACUUGUCGAAAAUGGGGUUCACAAUGAGGAGGGCGAAAUGACGGAAGAGAUGAAAUCCAACGUUUCCAUGGCAAUUGAGUCGGUCAUUGCAAUGGCGGGCAGAGACGACUCCAACAGUCGAGACACUGAGGAGCCUAAGAAGGAAAUAGACCCUGAAAGUGUGCCCAAAUUGCCACCUAACUUGCCAGAAGGAAUGGAUACUAAGAUAGAGGAGCUAAAGGAGCUGGCAACAAAGUCAAGAGAUGGGAAGUGCAAGUUCUUCACAGGAGAUGUGAACAAACUGUUAUUAGAAGUGGAGUUACUCUCAAAGCAGAUAUCAGUUGGAAGUCGUUCCACUAUAUUUGCUCAUCUGGCUGCACAUCUGCCCUGUAGCAAGGAUACUCUUCUGAAGAGGGCCAAAAUGUUGCGUGCUAAGGAGCUAGAAGAUAAAAUAAAAGAACCACUUGAAAAAUUGAAGCAAGCUGUAACCAGAGUUAUGCCAGCCAUCAAAGAGAAAUAUGAAGAGGAGUGCAAAAGGGCUGCUCUUGAAAAGCAAGAGGAAGGGCCCAAGGAGGGGGAGUCUAAAAAGGAUGAGGUAGGGGAGGCGGGCCGUGAGGAGGAGGGGUCAGAGGAGGAUGAUGAGAAGACCGGCCAAUCAGACGUGGCCAAGAAGAGGCAGACGGGACCACGCAAGAAAUUCCCAUGGGACAAUGAUACAAGGAACGCGCUGUGUGAUGUUGUUCGCGUGAAAAUGCACACAUAUCUGAUGGCGCGUACAAAGGCCCAGUCGGCUGAGGAGUUUUGUAAGGGGUUCCUCGAGCAGGAAGUGCGGCCCUUAUGGCCAAAGGGCUGGAUGCAGACUCGUGUCUUGUACCGUGAGAGCAAGACUGCACACCAUACAUACACAAAUCCUCAAAAGCCAAAGAAGACACUUGUGCUGAACAAGGUUGGAACAAGUUCGCCACUGAACACAUCUGGUGCAAGUACUCCGGGUGCAAAUACUUCCAUGACUGAAAAGAGCGGGUCAGCAAAAACUGGUGGUGUUGUUGUCAUGUCAAAGGUCAACCCCUCUCCCGGGAACGUGAUUAAGGUUUCAAACAUACCGACUAAUGGCAAACCUGUAAUGACCAGUGCUAAGUCUGCUGGGAUAGCGACCGUCAGUCGGCCUACCAUGCCAUCGCCAAACACCCCUGCUCUUCCUGCUAAGAAAGCAGUACCAACACUGUUGGACUAUGUGCAGAGCAAUCCUUCCCCUAAUUUGUCAUUUAUGUCGUCUGCUUUAAGCAAUAAUAAGGGAAAUCCACUAGCCAGUUCUAUGGAUAUUUUAAGUUACGCGACCUCGAAACCCUCAACAGUGAGUGCUGACCUGCAAUCAGGUUCGCAUAAAACGUGGGACCACAAGGCCUCGGAUAUUCUGAGGUCUUCCAUGGUGAGUGAACAGGCUAGCAAGAUCUCCCCUCCUUCUGUUAAAAGGCAGAACUCAACCCCGAUCUCAUCCGCUCAAAGUAUGAACACUUUUCUUGCUCAGUAUGCAAACUUUGCUACUUCGCCUAUAGCAUUAAUGCAGUCAGGGAAUUACAGUGCUGAAAGUGCUAUGAACUUGUCCACAAAGGCUGAUCAGCAGUUGAUGCAGAAACAUUUGGAAAGUGAGCGACAAAAACAGAAACUUGUUGAACAACAGAAAAUAGCCGAGAAACAAAGGCAGUUAGAGCAGCAAAAGAUACAACAACAAAAUCAGCAUCUGCAGCAGCAGCAGCAACAACAACAGGCAGCAAAACAUAUCAUAACCAUUUCAAGGGCAUCAUUAGAUCAGACGUCACAACCGAAACCUCCGAGUCAGAGUCCAAUGAGUCUGGCAAUGUCCAAGUCCAUAUCAUCCAAUCAGAAUCAGGUGACGGGUAAAAUGACACCAAAACAGCUCGCCAGUCAGUUUGUUGGUCAGUCGUUAUCAAAGUACUCGGAAGCAUUCAUUCGGCAAGAGUUAAGUGAUGGGAGUUAUGUAAGAGCCAUACCCAAGAAAGCUGGCACCUCGCCAGGUAAUGGCCAGGGGAAUAUUCAGUCGACCAGCGACAGUCUCAGGAAAAUAUCGCCCCAGGCGGUGGCUUCUCAGGAAGUGCAUGCAGGGAAUAUUAAAAGUGAGGGUUUACAUUUACAAAAUCAGGAUCACAGUUUGCCUGCCUCAAAAGCAACCAAUGGGGCAACAGCCACCAGUCUGUUGCAAAGUUUGUUUGGGCACAGUCAAGGACAGGCAUUUCCGACCACGCAGUCACAACGGUCCCCCUCUCGGCCAAGUUUGAGCCCCCAGGGUCCAACUGUGCCAUUGACUGUGUCUCACAGUGGCAGUCCCAAUGGUCAGUGGUUUGGUCAGCAGCCAGGGGGCGGGGCUAGGCAGCCGACCAUCAACUACCAGGGCAUGACACUGACCAGUGAACAGAUUGCUUCACUACGAGCCCAGCAAAGACUAGCUCAAACUGCCACCAUGUUCAAAACAGCAGAAGGUCCAAAGUGAAGAAUGAAAAAAAAAGACAUUGUUGGACUCCAUGGUUAAGAGCGUCAGAAGAAAGAAACUAUGUCUGAGAAUAGUCACACAUUGGCCAGUGCUUGCAGAGGCAUGUUAUAUUGAAUGCCAACUGGGAAUUGCAGGGCAAAAUCGGACCAAGACUCUGUACUCUUUCCUUGCGACAUUAGAUGGGCAUGGCUGCAUAUGUGUCUUUCACAAUCAUAUAUUUGAAAUACAUUUGAAAUAAUUAAAUAGAAAAUAAGUGCAUAUUUUUAAUUAUACAGACUAUUUAUGUACACACUCUGAUAAAAGUUAAAAUGUUGGUUAGUGUUCUGAAUCAUUCAUGUGUCUACAUAAAAAUCUGAUUUUGCAACAAGCUCUUUACAGUGACUGAUAUUGAAAUAUGUCAAGUAAACAUAUUAAGAAUUAAAUACAAAGAGACAUACACUUAAAAAGUUCAUAGCUACAUAUCACAUUUAUCCACUUUACAUUUGUAUGCAGUAUAACACUCAAUCAUAGAAGUUGAUUUGUUGUACACCAUAUUACAACACUUAUAAAACUUCAGUUGUUGUAUGCCAUAAGACAAUUAUAAAACAAUGACAAAAUGAAAACAAAAACUAAGCUUGGACGGUUUUGAAAAAAAAAUCCAAAUCACACGUGGCAAAGAUACGGUUUUGUUUUUGUACUAGCUAGCUAUUAUGCAUAAUUUCUAUCAUUAAAGUAACUGUUUAUUAUCUGUCAUUGCCGUUUAAAGCAAAUGUUUUGCCAGUGAGCAUCAUGUAAUGUCAGAUCUGCAAAAUGUCUGUGAUAUUAUAAUUAAUUUUGUUAAAUAAUAUGCCACAGUUUUCAAACCAAUAAUUAUAAAACAUAAUUACGCUGUGGUUUAUUGGGUCUAUUUGCAUGGAAUGUUUGAUUUCAUAUAUUUAACCAGGUUUUCCGAAGGAAAAAACUGGUUAUUAGAUUGGCGAAUGCGGGCGGGCUGGCUGGCGGGCGGGCGGAACAAGCUUGUCCGGGCCAUAACUAUGUCGUUCAUUGUCAUAUUUUAAAAUCAUUUGGCACAUUUGUUCACCAUCAUUGGACGGUGUGUCGCGUGAAAUAAUUACGUCGAUAUCUCCAAGGUCAAGGUCACACUUUGAGUUCAAAGGUCAAAAUUGGCAAUAAAUGAGCUUGUCUGGGCCAUAACUAUGUCAUUCAUUGUGAGAUUUUACAAUUAUUUGGCACAUUUGUUCACCAUCAUGGGACGGUGUGUCGCACGAAAGAAUCACGUCAAUAUCUCCAAUGUCAAGGUCACCACAACUUAAAAUAGAUUUAUUUUGAAACAAACUUACAAAGGGGGUUAAUUUUGUUUGUUCAUUUCAAAAGUUCAGUUUGAGUUGUCUCCCUAAAUCAGAUUUUUUUUCACAAUGAAAACCUGGUUUUGUGACAAUUUUGUCCCUUGUUUAUUUAUUCUAUUGUGGAUUUCAGAAUUUUUGGCAUACACAAAUUUUUAUACAGAAAUAAGUGAAAACUAAACUCUGGAUACGUCUACAAUUCAAAAAGUAUUUUAGCAAGGUUGAUAGAAAUCUGUACGUAUCAGUAGAGGGGCAUAUGGGAAAUAUUUCAUUUUUAGUGGGACAAAAAAUGUGGUUGCUUUUGUUACAGCAAUAAGUUUGUAAAAAACUGAAAUCUGUAUCUUUUGACAACUCAAAAUAUAUAUGGCAGCUUACUCUGAAAGAAUUUACCUGAUAGUGGACUUGCUGUGUUGACAGUAGCAAAGUAAAAAUGGCUAUGUGCAAACAGCAUAAAACCAGAACAGCCUGCGAGUAACUUGAAGUCUUUUCAGGAUUUAUGCUGUUUGCUGCUUAUCAGUAUCGAAGGGUUUGUAAUGAAGCCUUACAAACUUAAAUCUAGUAAGAAAGGUCUAUAAUUAUAUGUAACUUUCUAAGGGACUACAAAUGCAUCAAAAUACGUUUCAAAGUGGUAAAGGGUUAAUAUACACUCAUUAUUCUGAUGUGAUGUAUGUCACACGGGAUUUCAUUGCUGCCUGUGAGCAUUAAGGGCUUACAUAGAUCGAAGGCAAGUUUCAAUAGUAUAUUCACUAGUAAGUAACAAACUGUUAUCAUUUAGAUUGUUUAGUUUUGUUGUAAGGUGCUGAGUUAAAUUCUUCAGGAAAUAUUGGUGUUAAAUUUGUAUUAUCUGUAUUGUUGUAUUGUUUGUGAAGUAUGUUAUUUUUGGGGUCAGAAGAUGUGUCGUCAAUACAAAUUAGGCUCUCAUUGGAAAGACCAUUACUUAGCAGCAGAGGUGAGAUGUAAAACACGUGUCUAUGUGAACAGUAUUUGAGAUUUGCAUGUGCAGUCCAUGUUAAAGUAUGUGACAUCUCUGACAAAGACGGUUACAGGGAAUAAGGUCCAGAAGCAAUGAUCAUAACACUGGCUCUCCUGGAUUGUUUACAAAUCUGGUUUGGUAUCUACUUCAAUUAAAAAUAACUCGCAACCUUGUCAAGUAGCGAGUACAUUUGAUAACAGAGCGAAAAUCAUUCAGGAGAAUAUAAUGCAUAAUGGCUAGUAAUGUAUUUAGGAGAAUUCAAAUUGUGCAUGUAAUAAGAUUUAAAUUUAAAAAAUAUUGAUUUUUUUUAUACAUAUUUUUAGAAUAACGGUUAAAUUUAAUUAUUUCUACAUAAUUAAUUAAUGAAAUAAAGAAUGUAUUUUGAUGUAAAUUGUUCAGACUAAUGAUGUUUAUGCAGUUACUUUAUUGCAAAGAUCAAUAAAUUAUUAUGUUGUAAGUAUUCAAUAUACAGGUUGUUGAACGUGUAAUUGUGUGCAAAAUUGACCCUUUAAGUCUGAUUUGAAGUUCACCUGAAUUUAUGUUCAAUUCCAAAGAGAUUCAGUUAUUCUUGUUCUAGUUUGAUGUUCAUAUUUAUGUACAGAAUAAGUUAGCACAGAAUAAAUUAAUGUGAAAGA